AUGCAGGUGUCCUUCGCCUGCACUGAGCACAACCUCAAGAGUCGCAGUGAGGACCGACUUUGUGGCCUUCGCACUGCCCCACCUCCUGGAGGAAGCAGUGGAGGCGUAGGGGGCGGUGGUGGAGGCGGUGGUGGCAGUGGAGGAGGAGGAGGCGGUGGAGGUGGUGGAGGAGGAAGUGGACAAGGGAGCAAUGGCAACUACAUGUCUCAAGGCUCGGUCAAGACCAGGGAGGGGCCCGGGUCCCGUCAUACUCCACAGGGCCAUGCCCACAUGAAGGAGGCCAUCGGGCGCCACACCAGUAUGAAGUAUAGGAACCUGGGGAAGUCGGGCCUCCGUGUUUCCUGCCUCGGGUUAGGCACCUGGGUGACGUUUGGAUCACAGAUCUCUGAUGAGAUGGCCGAGAACCUGAUGACCAUAGCUUAUGAGAACGGAGUGAACCUGUUUGACACCGCCGAGGUCUACGCGUCUGGAAGAGCGGAAAUCACUCUAGGGAACAUUAUCAAGAAGAAAGGAUGGAGACGUUCAAGUUUCGUCAUCACAACAAAGAUCUAUUGGGGAGGCCAAGCAGAGACAGAGAGAGGACUCUCCAGAAAGCACAUUAUUGAAGGUUUACGAGGAUCCUUAUCCAGACUCCAGCUAGAUUAUGUGGACAUCGUUUUUGCCAACAGAAACGAUGUCAACAGUCCGAUGGAAGAGAUUGUACGGGCCAUGACGUUUGUAAUAAACCAGGGUAUGGCUAUGUACUGGGGAACAUCACGCUGGAGUGCCAUGGAAAUCAUGGAGGCGUACUCGGUGGCACGCCAGUUCAACCUGAUACCACCUGUGUGUGAGCAGGCAGAGUAUCACUAUUUCCAGAGGGAUAAAGUGGAGGUGCAGCUUCCUGAGCUCUACCACAAGAUCGGUGUAGGAGCAAUGACCUGGUCUCCCCUUGCUUGUGGAUUAAUCACAGGGAAGUACAGCGAUGGUGUUCCAGAGUGCUCCAGAGCAGCAAUGAAGGGAUACCAGUGGCUGAAGGAGCGAGUGAACAGCGAGGAGGGCCGCAGGCAGCUCGCUAAAAUCAAGGAGCUCCAUCUACUGGCGGACCGACUGGGCUGCACCGCUGCACAGUUAGCCAUAGCCUGGUGUCUGCGCAGUGAGGGAGUCAGCUCAGUACUUCUGGGUGUUUCUAAUACAGACCAGUUACUUGAGAACCUGGGUGCCCUACGGAUUUUAACCCAAAUGACCCCUCAAACUAUUACUGAGAUUGAUGCCUUGCUGGGAAACAAGCCACACUCGAAGAAAGAGUUGCGCGCUUGA